AUGGACAAGGACAAUGGACAGGUGACAGGGAACAAUGGACAGCNAGAAAGGCCCAAAAUUACCCAAAACCUCCCAGGAACUCCAGAUGUGGCCCCAAAGCCGGAUCCAGAUGUGGCCGGCCCCAAAAUCCGGUGCCAGGUGGAGAGUGACACCGAUGUGGAGGAGGAUCCAGAUGUGCAGCCCCCAGAAAGGUUCAAAAUGACCCAAAACCUGCCAGAGACGCCAGAUGUGGCCCCAAAGCCAAAUCCAGAUGUGGAGCCCCCCAAAAUCUGGUGCCGGGUGGAGAGCGACACAGAUGUGGAGGAGGAUCCAGAUGUGGAGCCCCCUAAAAUGACCCAGAAGGUGCCCGAGACGCCAGAUGUGGCUGUGGAUCCAGAUGUGGAGUCCCCAAAAAGGCUCAAAAUUACCCAGAAUGUCCUGGAAACUCCAGAUGUGGCCCCAAAGCCGGAUCCAGAUGUGGAGCCCCCCAAAAUCCCAUGUCGGGUGGAGAGCGACACGGACGUGGAGGAGGAUCCAGAUGUGGAGCCCCCAAAAAGGCCGAAAAUGACCCAAGACCUCCCAGAAACUCCAGAUGUGGAGGAGGAUCCAGAUGUGGAGCCCCUCAAAAUCUGGUGCCAGGUGGAGAGUGACACAGAUGUGGAGGGGGAGGAUCCAGAUGUGGAGCCCCUGAAAAGGCUCAGAAUGACCCAGAAGGUGCCUGAGACGCCAGAUGUGGCCCCAAAGCCGGAUCCAGAUGUUGUCAGCUCCAAAAUCCGGUGCCGGGUGGAGAGCGACACGGACGUGGAGGAGGAUCCAGAUGUGGAGCCCCCCGAAAGGCCCAAAAUGACCCAGAACCUCACGGAAGCUCCAGAUGUGGCCGCGGAUCCAGAUGUGGAGUCCCCAAAAAGGCUCAGAAUGACCCAAAAUGUCCCAGAAACUCCAGAUGUGGCCGCGGAUCCAGAUGUGGAGCCCCUCAGGAUGACCCAAGACCUACGAGGAACUCCAGAUGUGGCCCCAAAGCCAAAUCCAGAUGUUGUCAGCUCCAAAAUCUGGUGCCGGGUGGAGAGUGACACAGAUGUGGAGGAGGAUCCAGAUGUGGAGUCCCCAAAAAGGCUGAAAACGACCCAGAACCUCACGGAAACUCCAGAUGUGGCCACAGAUCCAGAUGUGGAGCCCCUCAGGAUGACCCAAGACCUACGAGGAACUCCAGAUGUGGCCCCAAAGCCAAAUCCAGAUGUGGAGCCCCCGAAAAAGCUCAAAAUGACCCAAAAGGUGCCUGAGACGCCAGAUGUGGCUGCGGAUCCAGAUGUGGCCGGCCCCAAAAUCUGGUGCCAGGUGGAGAGCGACACGGACGUGGAGGAGGAUCCAGAUGUGGAGCCCCCAAAAAGGCUCAGAAUGACCCAAAAUGUCCCAGAAACUCCAGAUGUGGCCACAGAUCCAGAUGUGGAGCCCCCCAAAAUCUGGUGCCAGGUGGAGAGUGACACAGAUGUGGCCGUGGAUCCAGAUGUGGAGCCCCCAAAAAGGCCCAAAAUCACCCAAAACCUCCUGGAAACUCCAGAUGUGGCCACAGAUCCAGAUGUGGAGCCCCUCAGGAAUACCCAAAACCUCCCAGGAACUCCAGAUGUGGCCCCAAAGCCGGAUCCAGAUGUGGCCAGCCCCAAAAUCUGGUGCCGGGUGGAGAGCGACACGGAUGUGGAGGAGGAUCCAGAUGUGCAGUCCCCAAAAAGGCUCAAAAUUACCCAGAAUGUCCUGGAAACUCCAGAUGUGGCCCCAAAGCCGGAUCCAGAUGUGGCCGGCCCCAAAAUCCCAUGUCGGGUGGAGAGCGACACGGACGUGGAGGAGGAUCCAGAUGUGGAGCCCCCAAAAAGGCUGAAAAUGACCCAAGACCUCCCAGAAACUCCAGAUGUGGAGGAGGAUCCAGAUGUGGAGCCCUUCAGGAUGACCCAAAAUGUCCCAGGAACUCCAGAUGUGGCCGCGGAUCCAGAUGUGGAGCCCCUCAAAAUCUGGUGCCAGGUGGAGAGCGACACGGACGUGGAGGAGGAUCCAGAUGUGGAGCCCCCAGAAAGGCCCAAAAUUACCCAAGACCUCCCAGGAACUCCAGAUGUGGCCCCAAAGCCGGAUCCAGAUGUGGCCGGCCCCAAAAUCCGGUGCCAGGUGGAGAGUGACACAGAUGUGGACGCGGAUCCAGAUGUGGAGUCCCCAAAAAGGCUCAGAAUGACCCAAAAUGUCCCAGAAACUCCAGAUGUGGCCACAGAUCCAGAUGUGGAGCCCCCCAAAAUCUGGUGCCAGGUGGAGAGUGACACGGACGUGGAGGAGGAUCCAGAUGUGGAGCCCCCAGAAAGGCCCAAAAUGACCCAAAAUGUCCCAGGAACUCCAGAUGUGGCCAUGGAUCCAGAUGUGGAGCCCCUCAGGAUGACCCGAGACCUCCCAGGAACUCCAGAUGUGGCCCCAAAGCCAAAUCCAGAUGUUGUCAGCUCCAAAAUCUGGUGCCGGGUGGAGAGUGACACAGAUGUGGAGGAGGAUCCAGAUGUGGAGUCCCCAAAAAGGCUGAAAACGACCCAGAACCUCACGGAAACUCCAGAUGUGGCCACAGAUCCAGAUGUGGAGCCCCUCAGGAUGACCCAAGACCUACGAGGAACUCCAGAUGUGGCCCCAAAGCCAAAUCCAGAUGUGGAGCCCCCGAAAAAGCUCAAAAUGACCCAAAAGGUGCCUGAGACGCCAGAUGUGGCUGCGGAUCCAGAUGUGGCCGGCCCCAAAAUCUGGUGCCAGGUGGAGAGCGACACGGACGUGGAGGAGGAUCCAGAUGUGGAGCCCCCCGAAAGGCCCAAAAUGACCCAGAACCUCACGGAAGCUCCAGAUGUGGCCGCGGAUCCAGAUGUGGAGUCCCCAAAAAGGCUCAGAAUGACCCAAAAUGUCCCAGAAACUCCAGAUGUGGCCACAGAUCCAGAUGUGGAGCCCCUCAGGAAUACCCAAGACCUCCCAGGAACUCCAGAUGUGGCCCCAAAGCCGGAUCCAGAUGUGGCCGGCCCCAAAAUCCGGUGCCAGGUGGAGAGUGACACAGAUGUGGAGGGGGAUCCAGAUGUGGAGCCCUUCAGGAUGACCCAAAAUGUCCCAGAAACUCCAGAUGUGGCCGCGGAUCCAGAUGUGGAGCCCCUCAGGAUGACCCAAGACCUACGAGGAACUCCAGAUGUGGCCCCAAAUCCAGAUGUGGAGCCCCCCAAAAUCUGGUGCCGGGUGGAGAGCGACACGGAUGUGGAGGAGGAUCCAGAUGUGGAGCCCUUCAAGAUGACCCAAAACCUCCCAGGAACUCCAGAUGUGGCCGCGGAUCCAGAUGUGGAGCCCCCAAAAAGGCUCAGAAUGACCCAAGACCUGUCAGGAAUUCCAGAUGUGGCUGCAGAUCCAGAUGUUGCCAGCCCCAAAAUCCGGUGCCGGGUGGAGAGCGACACAGACGUGGAGGAGGAGGAUCCAGAUGUGGAGCCCCCAGAAAGGCCCAAAACGACCCAAAACCUCCCGGAAGCUCCAGAUGUGGAGGAGGGGGAGGAGGAUCCAGAUGUUCGGCCCCCCAAGAGGCGGCGGAUCGCCCCGGGGCCGCCCGGGGCUCCAGAUGUGGCGGGGGGAGGGGAGGGGUGGGAUCCAGAUGUGGCCACCCAGCUGUUCCUGCCGCCCCGAAUUCCAGAUGUGGAGGAGGAGGAGCCGGAUCCAGAUGUGGAGGAGGAGGAGCCGGAUCCAGAUGUGGAGGAGGAGGAGGAGUCGGAUCCAGAUGUGCCCACCCAGCCCUUCCUGCCCUCCCCAGAUGUUGGCAGCCCGGGAAGCCCCGGCCUUCCAGAUGUGGCGGAGGGGCCGCCCUCCCCCGAUCCAGAUGUGGCCACCCAGCUGUUCCUGCCCCCAAAUGCGGCCCCCAGAGGCCCCAAAAUCCCGGCGGGGGGAGGGGUGGCGAGCCCGGAUCCAGAUGUGGCCACCCAGCUGUUCGUGACCCCCAGGGAUCCAGAUGUGGAGGGGGAGGAGCCCCCCGGCGUUCCAGAUGUGGCCACCCAGCUGUUCCCGCCCCCGAGGAUUCCAGAUGUGGGGCAGGAGGAACCCCCCCAUCCAGAUGUGGGGGGCCCGGAGCCCCCCGGUGUUCCAGAUGUGGAGGGGGAGGAGCCCCCCGGGGAUCCAGAUGUGGAGGGGGAGGAGCCCCCCGGCGUUCCAGAUGUGGACACCCAGCUGUUCCCGCCCCCCAGGAUUCCAGAUGUGGAGGGGGAGGAGCCCCCCCAUCCAGAUGUGGAGGAACCCCCCGAUCCAGGUGUGGAGGGACCCCCCCAUCCAGAUGUUGGGGGUGACGCCGAAGCUCCGCCCACCCCGCAGCCAAUCAGCGCUUCCCUGGCGGAGCGCACCAGCCAAUAG